AGCUAAUGUUUUGUGAUCGUUUAAAAUUCAUAACUGACCAAGUGGAUCAUCUUCCACCCAAAAUUGGAGGCGGAUCAUGUCUCAUCGAUUUAUAUCUAUCCUGAAGAAUCUCAGUAGUAUCACUACCGGGUCUGGAAUUCAGACCCGAUCCGCAACAUAUAUGCCUAGACCUGUUACGGUUAUCCACGGUGUUGUGACAAACGCGGUGGAGCAGGUGAUGGAUGCAAUGCACGCGCCGGUUUACUUGGAGACAUACAACAUAAAGGGGAAAAAUAUGAAUCAUUUUCCGCGGGAAGUAGUAGACUUGAUACGGAAGAACAAAGUGUGCUUGAAUGGCAGAGUCAAUAACUCCUUGUGUGGUGGUGGAAGGAAAGAGCUUGAUCUCUUUGCAUCUCUUGUCAACUGCUUUAAUCUUAAUGGUCAACCGAGUCGCUACAAGAACGUUGACAUCGUGGUGGUUAUAGAGAACACGAAAGGUGAAUGUGCAGGGUGGGAGCACGAAGUUGUUCCCGGUGUCAUACAGAGCUUUCAGCAGUUCACAACAAGGGAAAAGACAAAAAAACUGGCUGAUUCAUUCUUCUUGGAAUCUUGUCAAGAAGUUGCUAAAAUGUAUCCAAACAUCACCUACAACGAAAUCGGUAUUAAUACCUGCUGUUUGCAACUUGUAGAGAAACCAGAGCAAUUCGACGUCAUAGUAACUCCAAAUCUCUAUGGGAAUCUAAUUGCAAACAUUGCUGCUGGUGUUUCUGGGAGAGGCAAUGGAGAUAUUAUGCCUGGAGGAAGUUUUGGUGCUGAGUAUGCGAUCUUUGAGCAAGUUGGACCAGUAGAAAACCAUAAAAAUCCUGUGGCAUUACUGUUCUCUUCGGUUAUGAUGCUGAGACAUCUUCUGCUUCCUUUAUUUGCAGACCGGCUUGAAACCGCCAUGAAACGUGUUGUCACUGAAGGAAAGUGUGGAAACAGUAAUACUACUACACAGGAGGUUGUUGAUGCUGUAAUUGCAAACUUGGAUUGACUUCACACACCGGGAUUCUCAGUUUUCUAACCACAUUUUUUCCAAAGUACACUCAGAAAUGUUUUCCAAAUAAGUUUGCUUGAUACUUUAUUUGAGAGGAAACGAAGUUACUAUUUCAGACAUAAUAUAGCUCGAGCUUUCAC